GUGACGGCGGCGCCGCGACCCGGAAGCGCAGGUUGGCGCGGAGGGAUCUGUGGACCGCGCGUAGCAGCGCCGUGGCCUUGCGCAGCGCGGCCGCGGGACAGCGGCGCUCGGGCCGGCCCGGCCCGGACUGAACCGGACUGGACUGGACUGGACUGGACUGCACCGGACUGCACCGCCGCGGCGCCGCCAUGUUCAAGAACACCUUCCAGAGCGGGUUCCUCUCGAUCCUGUACAGCAUCGGCAGCAAGCCGCUCCAGAUCUGGGACAAAAAGGUGCGCAAUGGCCAUAUCAAGCGAAUCACUGACAAUGACAUUCAGUCGCUGGUGCUGGAGAUCGAAGGAACUAAUGUCAGUACCACAUACAUCACGUGCCCUGCUGACCCCAAGAAGACCCUGGGCAUCAAACUACAUUUCCUAGUGAUGAUCGUCAAGAACCUGAAGAAAUACUUCACUUUUGAAGUGCAGGUGCUGGAUGAUAAGAACAUACGCCGGCGUUUCCGGGCAAGUAACUACCAGAGCACAACUCGGGUGAAGCCCUUCAUCUGUACCAUGCCCAUGCGGCUGGAUGAUGGCUGGAACCAAAUCCAGUUCAACCUGUCGGACUUCACGCGCCGAGCUUACGGGACAAAUUACAUCGAGACCCUGAGAGUUCAGAUCCAUGCCAACUGUCGCAUCCGACGGGUGUACUUCUCUGACCGGCUCUACUCUGAGGAUGAGCUCCCAGCUGAGUUCAAACUCUACCUGCCUGUCCAGAACAAGGCCAAGCAAUAACUCCGCGUUGGGAAGAGAUGCAAGAAAUGUUUGGGGUCGGGUGGAAGAGAAGGCCCUGCUGAGACCAAGUUUUAGAUCAGCUCACCUUGCCUAGGGUAACUUUGAUUCAUCUGGGAUCCUUUUUCUGGACGGGACACAAUGAACCGUGUAACAGGUCUGGGACUACGUUGUUGGUGUGUGAGUUGCACAGAAUCAGAGUUUUCCUAGCUGUUCGUAAAGUGUUGAGCCUGAACACUGCAAGUGGCCUGGUACCCAGUCUUGUGUUGCACAGAGAGGUUUUCUUUUUUGUUUCCUUAUUUUCCAUCUUUUAUUUUAUAUAUACUCUAAAUAUGGAUGUAAUACUCACUCUUGGAAAGUUAUUAAACAUUUGACUA